ACUGAUCUCACAUGAUUCAUUUUAUGUACGCUUGGAAUUAUGUUCAAUUACCUGCCGAUAUAUGCAUAUACCCUCAGGCAUAUACAUAUAUUGCAAUAUGUACACACGUUCGUACACUUAUGUAUGUAUACGCAAUAGUGUGCAAGCACAUAAUAUCUAUAAACCUAUACACGUAAAACUGUUCAUAUCCGUGUACAUACUAUUUUACGCAUUGCGUUUGAAUAUCAGCUGCUUAUUGAUGAAUGCAGCAGCUUGCUGCACAGGAAAAUAGCGAGUACAGUUGUACAAGAUAUGUAUGUAUACAUAGUUCGAAUUGAACGAUACGUCGCGAAGGAGGAAUUCUAUAUCAGAUUUUAGAUAACGUUGCAACUACUGCGGAGAACAAUUCCGUUCAUUAAUAGUUCCCGUCGUUAUAUACAUCGAAUUGUUCGCUGAUUUUCUAUUACUUUAACCACAGAAACGACGGUUGCCUACAUUGUUGCUACAUACGAACCUAAAGUGAUAUUUUAAACUGACUAAUGGAUACUACGUGAUAAUAAUAAUUUGCAUUAGUGACAAACAUGUGUGUUAGUGGUUGACGCUUAUUUUGAUAACAGCUACGAUUUCCGAACACUUGUCACGAAUUGCCUAUCAUUUUUCUGGCUUGUAACGUGUUUUCCUUUUCGGUGAUCACGCCAGGCUGAAAGGUAUUUAUAUUUAUUGACAAUUACACGUUGACAGGAUGUCUAAUAGCCGAAACGAAGUUGAUCCUUUCAGCGAAACGCCUUUAGAACUACAGCAGUUCGAAGAAGCUGCAGAAGUUACCGCAGAACAAAAUUCCAUGGUUGAAAGGGAAGGCACGGCGAACAUUUUAACAUACGCAGAACCAUUGACACCGAUGCAAAUACGCUGGUUUUAUAGAGACGGCGUAGACAAAAGAUGGGUAGAAUUUUGCGGAUACGACAGUUUAAGAAUUGAAAAUGCUUGGCAAAAUUAUCAGGAUUUACUUAAUAAGAAUAACGAUGCGUUGAAUAAUUUACCUCACAUAGAAAAGAUCGUAGUUAAAGGAGGCAUGUACGAUGUGGAAAUUGACAAAAUGAAAUGUGUUUCUAUAUAUUGUCCAGGGGAAGAAUGGGAAAUUAUGAGAGGUACUUGGUAUUACGAUGGUACCUGGAUACCUUUAGAAUCGGGACAAUCUAAAAUUAUAGAAGAAGUUCAUCUAAAUCUUUUUCAAAAACAACUUUCAAGUCAAUCUACUUCAGCAUCUGAUAUACCUCAUCCUUAUAAAAUAUUACACACAGAACAUUUUCCCGAAUUUCAUGUUGAUUGGCAUAGUAUAGAUGAUGUUGUAUUACAUAGCGAAUAUAGACAUAGUAAAUUAAUGCGUAGUGUCACGUCGAAACUGGGAUUUGCAAAAACAACGGGCUAUCAAUUACGCAGAGGUUACAAAGUUGCUGCAGUAAUGGAGGAUAAACCUCACGAUAUUGAUCACAUAGUGUUCGUAGUUCAUGGAAUUGGUCAAAAAAGGGACACAGGAAAAAUUAUUCGUAAUACAACAUCAUUCAGAGACUGCGUGGACUGGUUAAAACAAAAAUAUUUCCCCAGCUCCAAUUAUAGAGUUGAAUUUUUUCCUGUUGAAUGGCGAUCCUCUUUGAAGCUUGAUGGAGAUAUUGUAGAAGCUAUUACACCUUAUAGCGUACUAAGCAUACGGCAUUUGUUAAAUUCAUCAGCAAUGGAUAUACUUUAUUAUACUAGUCCUCUUUAUGGCGGAGAAGUAAGAGCGGGUUUACAGAAAGAAUUGAACAGACUAUAUUUUAUGUUCGCUAGUCGACAUCCAGGUUGGAAAGGCAAAGUUUCAAUCUUAGCACAUUCCUUAGGAUGUGUAAUUGUUUAUGAUAUUGUCACAGGCUGGAUGGGUCCAGAUACAAGGCCCCCGUCCCCAGAAACACAAGAAGUAUUACUGCAACGAUUACAAUUUCCAAUUGAAAAUUUAUUUUGUUUGGGUUCACCCUUAUCUGUGUUCCUUGCAUUACGGACUCGUUCUCCAUCCAAUAGAACCGAUGUGAUGCCUCAAGAUUUAUGUAAAAGAUUUUACAAUAUAUUUCAUUGGUCUGAUCCUGUAGCUUACAGAAUGGAACCACUCUUAGAGAGAGGCUAUAGCAAAAUUGAACCAGUUCUUAUCCCAUCUUACGGAGGCGUUGAAGGUCAACAGAUGGAACAGUCGCCUCCGUCAAUAAGUGGUGCUGAUCAAGCUUUCUCCCCCACAGAAACGGAUGAAAGAGAUGAGAGCCCAGAUAUGUCUAAUCGUACUUCGGACAAAGGUUGGAGUCUUUGGGGUUUAGUACGAGCAGGCUGGAAUGCUAAAGAAGAUGCAUCUAUUCCAAUUCAACCAGGUCAAGAAUUAGCACAACGGUUAGAUUAUGUACUUCGAGCAAGUUUGGGACGAAAUUAUCUGUACACAGUCGCAGCACAUACAACAUAUUGGAGUAACUAUGAUGUAGCUUAUUUUGUGCUAACGAGACUCUUCCCAACAUUAGAAUCGUGAUGUUUAUCUGCACAUUUAGUAUGGAAUUCAAAUAGAUUUUAUUAAAAUUUACUAGUCCAUUGUAGGCCUCAGGGUUUAAUUCUUGACGGUAGGCCUACUAAAACAAUCUGUGAUAAUGAAAAAUCGAUACAAUAAUAUUAUAAAUUUAAUCUAAAUUAAUCAGAUUAUAUUGCUCAUAUAAUUAAAAAUUUAAUAUAGUCCAAUUUUGCGACGAAACCGAAUAUGUUUUUUACGUAUAUUUGAUAAAAAGUUCACAUUUAUUACACUAAAAAAUGUUACUUAUUUUAUUACAUAAUUCAGCACUUUAUAUUUCUGUUAAAUGUGGUGGUAUAUACAGAGUGCCGGUUUUAUCUGGAAAUCCUGACUAUCUCGGAAAUUAAAAUUUUCACUAUCUCGGAAAAGAUUAGUGAAAAAAUGUUCUUACAUAAGUUGUUUGAUUCGAUAGGGCAGAUCACAUGGUUUUGAUAGCUAAUUAAGUGCGUGUAAUUAUCGUCGAGAUUUUCAGGUCAAGUUCAUUUUUUUUUAAUGGAAUAGUAGGUUUUUUUUUUUAUUUAUAAUCUGUAAACGUUUCCCGAUACAAAUUCAAGAUCAUAUUAUUUGUUAUUAUUCUGAGAGCAGAUAGCACAGUCUCAUUACUGUUCCAUUAAAAAAAAAUUAACUAUACCCACGCAAAAACUAUUAAAACCACGUAAUCAGCCGUAUAAAGUUAAACAACUUUUGUAACAAUAUCCUCUCGCUAUCUUUCGUAGUUUUUGAGAUAUUCUGGAUUAUCAGGCGAAACAGACACCCUGUAUAUGUUUCAUGUAAAACGUUUAUUCAAAUGUAUAACAAAACAAUUAAUAUAACUAGAAUGUUAUGUAUUUAUAGCAUAAGAACUGUUUUGUACAAUACGUUUUACAUCAUUGAAGAGUUGUUACUCCUUGUCUUUGUUAUAUAUAAAACUGUAAGAAUAAUAUUACCUUUUCGUUACAAUUGAUCUAUAACAAAUGCUACAAAAAUAUUCUAGUGAUGACGACUUAAUUAGUAGUAUAAAAAUUCACAUUGUAACACAAAUUUAUUGCAUCGCUAUUAUUGUAUGUUUAACAGUAUAGAAUAGUAGCAAAAUAUUUUAUUUGUAAACCUUAUAAAAAAAAUGUAAUAUUUGAGGAUGAUACUGAA